AUGAGAAAAGUCAUGCAUAUACAAUCUAGUGCUGUCAGUAGAAAUAAUAUCCCGGAUAGAGAUCGGAGAACGGCAUUUGGCACAAUGGAUAGCUGCGGCCGAUGUAUGAAAGUGUCGCUGGUUGCGAUCAAUGUCGUCACAUUUUUGGGAGGUCUAUUGGCAGUGGCCAUAGGACUAUGGAUCUGGACGUCGCGGUCUUUCUCCAGCACGCUCAUGAGCAACAACAUGUACAUCGCGUCGGUCGUGGUGGUCGUGGCUAUGGGCGCUGCGAUCAUGAUGCUCUCCUUCCUCGGCUGUUGUGGUGCUGCUAAAGAAGUCAAGUGCAUGCUACUUACGUAUUAUAUUCUGGUGUUCAUAAUCUUCGUGGCAAUGUUGGUUGGCGGUAUACUCCUGUUCGUCUUCCGCGAGAAGGUUCUGACGACCCUCGACCGUGAAAUGCACGCGUCCAUCCCCAACUACGGGGUGAAGCACGAGUACACGCGCGCCUGGGACGACACACAAACGUACCUCCAAUGCUGCGGGGUCAAGAGCCAUAAUGACUGGAACGGUAACGUUCCUGACAGCUGCUGUAAAGAAGUCUACCCGGGCAAGCGACUGGACUGCAAGUAUUCCCCGAAUCCAACGACAAUGUACAUGGACGGCUGCUUGAACAAGACCAUCGACUUGCUGCGAGAAGACGCGGUGUAUGUCGGGGCGGUCGCUAUCAUUGUGGCGUUGAUUAUGGUGCUGGCACUGAUAUUCUCCUGCGGACUAUUUGUUAAAAUAGAAUAG